UGGUUAUGAGCGUCUUGGACGAGUCAGGGAUCCUAGAGGAAAGGCGAGACAACCGUCCUCGCUCGAAUACAUGGCCCCUCCCAGACCCUUCGGAGUUUACAAAACCCGAACGUGAUGUCGAUCAGCCUAGCUUGAAACAGCUCAGCACAAGCGAGGGGCCGAAGAAAAGUUCGCGAAAAAAUGCUUGGGGAAACUUGUCGUAUGCAGACUUGAUAACUCAAGCGAUUCAGAGCUCGUCAGAGCAACGGCUGACACUGUCACAGAUUUAUGACUGGAUGGUGAACACAGUUCCCUAUUUUAGAGACAAGGGAGAUAGUAAUAGUUCGGCGGGUUGGAAGGUAAGCUUAAAUGUCAUUUCCUCGUAUGCAGUCUAUCUUUUGAUUUGCCGUCUUUAACAGCUGACUGGCUCCCUAAUUUCACUUUCGACGCAUUGUAUACCUAAAGUAACACAGUGCCUAACAGUGAUUUUUCUCUUGUCUCGCUUUUCCUUGCAGAAUUCAAUACGCCACAACUUAUCCCUUCACAGCAAAUUCGUCAGGGUUCAGAACGAAGGCAAUGGCAAAAGUUCGUGGUGGAUGCUUAAUCCUGAUGCCAAAGGGGGUAAAACGAGUCGGCGACGUUCAGGCUCACUGGACUCUGCUCCAAAAUCAGAGAAAAAGCGCGGACGAUCGAGAAAGGAGAAAAUUAAAGAAGAAGACGGCGACUCGCCUUCUAGUCCUCGCCUGUCAGUUAGCCGGGCGCGUGAUGCAAACCGAGCCAACUCUCCGGGGAAUGUUUCGCCGACUAAUAGCUCGAGCUCAGAUUCUUUGCUUACAAUUCCAGAAACUGAAUCGCCAUUACCUUUUCCACUUGGUGACAGUUUUGCCAGACCGCGAACUUCGUCGAAUGCCUCGACAGUCAGCAGUCUUGGUGGUCGAUUGUCGCCUAUACCAGCUCAUGGAGAUGAACUCGAAUUAUGCGAGGAUCCUAUGCCUCCGAAUAAUUUCAGUAUGGUUAACAAUCCAAACUCCGCAGCCGAUGAGCUGUCGCAAAUGGCUGACUCGAUGACUUUGAACUCGUUUGCCGCUGAAAAUAACAACAGAUUAAAACAAACUUUGACGCCAGUACAACCUCAGCUACUUCCGUCCGAACCUCACAGUGACAUUAGCGGCAUGGCUGUAUCGAACAGUAUCACUUCUAGCAUAUCAUCAAACAGCUUUGACACUGGCUACAAUAGCAGUGGAUAUUUACAACCUAUUCAACACCCGCAACAGUCUCUCAGUCCAGAGAUACUCCCCCCGCAAACUAUCGCCGCCCCUCAACCCGUGUUUGGUAAUUUGCGAUCGUAUUCGCAAGCUCCGUUGCAACAAUCCCAUUAUCAGAGGAACUUUCGACAAGAAUUGUCGGCACCCCGGCAGAGCAGUACCCCUGUGAGGGUAAAUAAUAUAUACUGUGAGGACCAAGACAUGGAGGUUCAACAAACUCAAGAAAAUUUGUAUCAGAAUUUUCACGCCACUGGCUUUGCUAAUAGUAACCCCUGUGUUAAUGGGUUACCACAAAAUCACCAGAGCUUUAAUUACAUAGCAGAACCUCGAUACCUUCAGCAACAACAGCAGCAAGUUACACCGGCCUCGCUUAUGAUGCAGCAGGAAAAUGGACUACAUCCCUUGCACCAGCAGGGGAAUCCAUUCAACAGGGAAUUCAGGACAACAAAUAAUAACCAGCUGGAGUUUAUGAACGAGAAAUUCCCGAGUGAUUUAGAACUGGAUAUGGACAAUUUCAAUGGAGAUCUGGAUUGUGACAUUGAAAGGAUAAUCUAUGACGAACUAAAAGAUGGUGGCUUUGAUAUAAACAUAGAACAGUUUUUUAAUCAGAUACCUAAUGUAGGGGAGCUACGCAGUGGUUUGUACUGAUUUAAAGAUUAACCUAUUGUACAUAUACUGAGAUUUUGUAGCAGAACUAAUUAAGGACUACACGCUUGUUCUAAAAAUGAAAGUGAUCUUGUGAAUCCGUCCCUUGAAGUCUGCACCUUCAGGGUCAACGACUGCCUGAAUAUUCUUUACUUUUGGUGUAUCUGUAGAAUAUUGAUGUCCUAUUGAAUCCUGUAUUUGGCAGAAAAUCACAGCUGAAGAAUCUUCCACACCUCAGGUGUGCAGUGUAGCCUGGUCAGAUAGGUGCUAUGGCACAUAUGUGGGAAUUACUUCACAUCUGUGCUAAAAGAUAGAGCCCUUUUGAUUGCUGACAUGCUUACUAUUGUUACACAUUUUUAUUGAUAAUACAUAAGGCUGUUGAUAUCGCUUUAUUCUCAUCUCUAAAAGCAGUAUUUUAACUGUAAUAAUACUACAGUUAUUGGAGAAAUUGUUUUUGUACAUGUAUUGAAUUACCCUGUAAUGGUUUUCUUUGCCAGAAAGGUCAGAGGAAUCAUUCGGUUGAUAUAAAUAAGGUUUUCCAAGUUCUCUGUUUUUUGAAAAUUGUUGGAAGUCUAUUUAGGUUCGACAUGAGUACCAGUAGUGGCUGUUGGUCUGGGAGUUUUGAUUCAGGCUUAUUUUGUGUAAAACUCUGGUCACUCUAAAGUUAAUGUUUUAAUAUAUUGACAGUAAAAAUAGUGUUGGUCAGUUUUGAGUGUUUUGUGAUACGUUUGGCUUUGUGGCAGCAAUCCUGUCUAGAAAAAGAUUUGUACUUGUACAUUUUAUACCAGCUGACAGCAUUAUUUUUAAAUGGAGUUAAGUUGUACAGUUUAUAGAAUUUUUCUUAAAGUUAUUGUCCGUUUGCUGCGUGUUUGCCAAAAUAAUUUCUGCUCUUAUGUUACAAAGGGCUGAUCAACAAGUUGGUAUAUGUAGAAGAAGCCUAUAGCUAUUCUGAGAGAAAUUGAAUUGUAUCAGGCUAUAGAUUCAAUAGCAGUGCUUUGUAAUAUUGUGAAUAUGAAUUAUUACAACAGGGCAAGACUUCUUUAGAAUUUAGUUAUAUUGGUUGCAAGAAGUUGUGGCCACUGUGUCACAAAAAUUAUAUAUAAAUAUACAUAUAUAUGUCAAUGCUAUAUGCCUAUAUUUAUGGUAUUGAAGACAAUAAAUUAUUUUCUGUUGGCAGUUUUCUCAUUUAUUAAUUUCAUUAAUACCAAGGUUGCAAACUACACCACAGAAAAUAAUAGAAUAAAUACUGGCGUUUUCAUGCAUUUUGCUUCUUUCCUACUACAGGUGCUUGCAGUUAGGGAUAUUUUUUUCACAUUCUAUUCUUGAGGCUGUCUGUAAUGUUAUCUUUGAAAUUCAAACAAGCACAUCACUUCCAUGUGCUUGCAUCGUGGGUUUCUGUUGGUAAAAUUUAUGCAAAUUCAAAGAGCUCACUAAAGGAUUGGGUUAUUGUCACUUUAGAAUGUUACCCGCAGAGAAGACAGGUUCAAUUGUUGUACUCUCCCUGAGUACAAAGCCCCCUUUGUUUUCCAGUGUCAUUUAGUUCAAACGAACGAUAUCAGUUCGGCUGGCCCUUGGGAAUAUCAAAUCAGCUGUCGUAUUGAAGUGCCUUGAUUGUCUCGAUCUCGUGACUUAAAUGGCAAAGCACAUGAGUGUAGGUCAAGUCUGUCAUGGUGUAUUUUAAUUCCUCGCGUUUUAUAUUUCUUCGCUUGCAAUCAAUUUCCAGUUUUCUGCGUACGUCUGGCGCGCUCAUUAAUGAAUGUUAUAACUACACAUCACGUAUCUUUUAUUCCAAAUGACCAGAGGGGACGGAAAAAUGAGAUUCAAGAAGGGUUUUGUGUGGUAAACGAUAAGAAAUUGCACCUUUUUAUCCGGGCGCACUGAUUGAAGGACAGACAUUUCCGCUGCUUUGUCUUGUAGUCUUUGUUUUGUUGGGUCACGCAUGGCUAAAACCACGCUAUAUCUGUACAUGGCUG